CGCGCCUCCGACGAGGACCGCGGGCGACCGCGGGCGCAGGCCAGGGCUGCGGGACUUCGGCUUUGCCUCGGUGAACACAUCUUUUGAUUACUUUGACACCGUGGAAUAGAGAGUGGGGAAAGAGAGCCGAGGCUCGGGCGCUCCGCCUUGCACCCGCUCUCAGGGGACUCCAGUUUGGAUGUCAAGAGAUUCCUGAACCCUCUUUGCGAUCGGAGGAGGAAACACGCGCGCGCACACACACGCGCGCUCAGGGCCCCACUCACACGCCCUCCACGAGCACACACCGCCAGACUUGGGUUCCCUAUGCCCCAGAACGGCGACGGCGGAUUGGCAUCUCGGAAGCGAUGCAAGCGCGAUAAGGUCGGCGCCGGCCCGCGGAAGCUGCAGGACCAUCGCUAGGUGUUGCCGCCACCAGGAAGCCGGGCUGCAGGAUGAGUAAGAGAUACUUACAGAAAGCAACAAAAGGAAAGCUGCUAAUAAUAAUAUUUAUUGUAACCUUGUGGGGGAAAGUUGUAUCCAGUGCAAACCAUCAUAAAGCUCAUCAUGUUAAAACGGGCACUUGCGAAGUGGUUGCACUCCACAGAUGCUGUAAUAAGAACAAGAUAGAAGAGCGAUCACAGACAGUCAAGUGUUCCUGCUUCCCCGGGCAGGUGGCAGGUACCACGCGAGCAGCUCCGUCUUGUGUGGAUGCUUCAAUAGUGGAACAGAAAUGGUGGUGCCAUAUGCAGCCAUGUCUUGAGGGAGAGGAAUGUAAAGUUCUUCCAGAUCGGAAAGGAUGGAGCUGUUCCUCUGGGAAUAAAGUGAAAACAACUAGGGUAACCCAUUAACAAAGGAUAAAUCAAGUGAUCCUCAAGCCUGAUUACAUUGAACACAUGCACAGAAACUUAAUUCCCGAGGUGAUCUUGAAGGGAGAUUUUUAUAUCGCUCACAAGAGGCACUGCAGAGUCUUAUUUCCAAGGGAUUUCAUGGCUCGUAAUCAGCCUCUUCUUGAAACCGAGACUUUUAAAAAGUCAGACAUGAACUUCUAUGUCAUGAAGAUUUUGUCAGAUUUGAACUGUGUUCAACUUGUAAAAUUGCAUUUGCUAAGAGAAUUUGAAUUUGCCAUCUGAAGAGCUGGUGUUUCCAGGUGAUGUCAGAGACACUCACCUUUAUGGUUCUUGGCCUCAAGUGUGACUGUUUUUCUUGCUUCUGAAAGUCUGCCAAGUGCACCGGCCUGCAGCCAUGGAUGUGUUCCUGGGUCUGGUCCUGUGUUCAUUGGUGGGUGGGACUGCACCCGGCUUUACUGACAUUUUCUUGUGAACUUCUCCUCUGGCAUGGUGUAGACUGAGAUGAUUUUAUUUGUAACCUAAUCUUGGAGCUCUGAAAGCCUACAUGUUUUAACAUCUUAAAAUUGCUUUUGUUAAAGGAAUGGAAAUAUAUAUCCAUUGAUAAUAAUUAUUGUUGGCAAGUAAUAGUUAUCUGAAUACAUCAAUCAUAUAAGAAUGUAUAGACAAGCUGACAUGUUUCCCCAAGGCUAACAUACUACUGCAGCUCUCUGUCAGUUAAAUAGGUAGUAGUUAGAACUGAAUUUCCAUUUUCAUUAUAUGCUAUUUUGUACUUCUAGAGUACUCUCCCUCUUGGUUGUUUUGUUUUGUUUUUUAAGUGGGCUUUUUCUUUUGUUUGUAUUUACUUUUUCCCUUCACAGAAAUCAGCAGUGAGCAGUCAAGUAUGUAGGUAGCUUUCAGUUUCAAAAAAUCGCCAGGGAUGCAUGUGGAUUUCUGAUUUCUUAGCUUGAGAGUUAUUCACUUUUCUUCUAGUAAAUUUUUUUUUAGCUGUCCUAUCAUUUUAAUAGACUGUCCCUUGCUCGCUCCCAAUGACUGUUUGAAUGCUUAUAUAUUUGUUUGUUCUGUCUGUUAAUAGAAUUGUUCAUUUUCCUUGGUCUUGAAUUUAUAAAUAUUUGCUUAUAGUUGUCCCAUUCAAACAAUUUCUUAGGUCAGUUUCUGUCCACAGUUUUGUAGUCAUUUUAACAUUUUUUUGUUUUUCAGUUCUACAGGAAAGUCUUACAAAUAUUUAAAAGCCUUAAACAUGUAUGUACUUUUUUCUAAGUUAUUAGAGAAUGUAUAAUUUUAUACUACAUUUAUUUUAUUUCAUUUGUUAUGUGAAGGUAGAGAAGAAUUGAAAAUGCAUAGCCAUUCUGUAAUAAUAUUGUGUAAAUGUAUAGUUGAAGGGAUGUAACCAGAGAGACUUCUUUGUUUACUCAUCUUAACCUAAAAGGAAGUUACUUCAGAAAUUGUCCUAUUAGAAGUUCCAUUAUGUUAGAAAAAAUGUGACCAUCUUUCAUAUUUUUAAAACUCACUGACAUGGUCAAUUAAGUCUAUGCUGGUUUCCAUGAUGGAGGCUGACAUACCUUGGAGAGUUUUGGUCUGUUAGUUGGCAACGAAUUUCAAAGACCAGUACAUUACCCAGAAUGUCUUCUGGGCAGAAAAAUUGAAAAUGUAAAAUUUGUCAAAAGUCAAAUUUGUAAAGUAUACUUUGGACAGUGAACCAAAGUGUAUUGCCCCGCAAGUCCAUGGGAUGAGAUGACUUCCUCCCUCCAUGUUAGUUAUACAUAAAAUUGAUUAGAUGACUCUGAGUGGAUUUUGCAACAGUUCAAGACUGUAUGAAUUCAGAAAGAAAAAAAUAACAAUUGUGCUGGAAUUUUUGCAUCAAUUGUAACAGCAUUAAUUUCUUUGGAGCAAAGUAGAAACCUGUAUUAUUUUGGAAAUUAUGAAUUUGUCCUAGGUUUGUUUGAAAUUGUACAUCAUGCUUCUCAUUUUUUUUUAACUGAGUCCUUUAAAACAACACUAGAAAUUCUGUAUUAUAUACAAGUGUAACACAUGCCUAUCAAUAGAAAAAAAUAAAUGGAAUUUCAAAUAUACUAACUAGAUUAUCCCCAGUAGAUUAAUGUUGUGACUAUUCAGAAAAGGUAAAUAAAAUUGGGAUAUAAAAUGGACUCUCUUCAUGAGUUACAUUU